AUGUUGGGUGACGCCACCAACUGGAACGAAGAUGCGUACAGAGAAACCGUAUUAAAGGAAAGAGAGAUUCAAACCCAAACCGUUUUCAGAACUGCUUGGUCUCCCUCUCAAACCCCUAAUCUCGACUCUCUCGUCGUUGCCUCCAGCGACGGUUCCAUCGCCUCUUACUCCGUCGCUUCCACCGUCUCUGCUUCUAAGCUCAAAAAUCCGUUUGGUUUUAUCAAUGCGGAUUCGGAUAAUUUAUUGGCUGAGCCAGAUUGCUUUUUUCAAGCUCAUGAUGGAUCUGCAUAUGAUGUUAAAUUCUACGGUGAUGAUGAUAAUGCUCUGUUGCUGAGCUGCGGUGAUGAUGGCCGAGUUCGAGGAUGGAGAUGGAAGGAACUUGCUAGCUCAAAAUAUCAUAUUACUUCAGAAGGAAAUAAUAUCAAGCCCGUCUUUGAUGUGGUAAAUCCUCAACACAAAGGUCCUUGGGGUUCACUCUCACCUCUCCCUGAGAAUAAUGCUAUUGCUGUUAAUACUCAGGCAGGAUCUGUUUUUGCUGCAUCUGGUGAUUCUUGUGCGUAUUGUUGGGAUGUGGAAACUGGUAAAUUAAAAACAGUAUUCAAGGGUCACUCUGAUUACUUGCAUUGUAUUGUUGCUCGCAACUCAUCCAAUCAGAUCAUAACAGGUUCAGAGGAUAGGACAACACGUAUUUGGGAUUGCAAAAGUGGAAAGUGUAUCCAAGUGAUUGAUCCAGCAAAACAUUUGAAGUUAAAAGGACCUGUUUCAUGGGUUGGCUCUGUUGCUUUAGAUGCAAGUGAGAGUUGGUUGGCUUGCGGUAGUGGACGUAAUAUAUCACUUUGGAACCUUCCUGCCUCAGAGUGCACAUUAAAAUUUAUCACUCAAGCUUCUGUACAAGACAUGUUAUUUGACAAUAAUCAAAUUCUAACAGUUGGCGCAGAUCCUAUACUCAAUCGCUUUGACAUGAACGGUGAAAUCCUUUCACAAAUACCAUGUGCUUCCCCAUCGGCCUUUUCUAUCUCCUUACAUCCGACAGGGGUUAUUGCAGUUGGAGGUUACGGAUGUCUUGUAGAUGUUAUCUCGCAAUUUGGCAGUCACAUGUGCACAUUUCGUUGCCAAUGUGUUUAG